CUCGCCCCUCGGCACCGAUAAGAUAAGGCCAGGGUGGAGAUGCCGGCUGCUAUAAGAGGGUGGCCCCCGGUACACGGCUGCCACCGAGAGCUGCCUGCCUCUGCCAGCCGCCGCCAUGCUGACCGCUGAUGACAAGAAGCUGAUCCAGCAGGUCUGUGAGAGGUCGUCCAGCCACCUGGAGCAGUUCGGCACCGAGGCCCUGGAGAGGAUGUUCAUCACCUACCCCCAGACCAAGACCUACUUCCCCCACUUCGACCUGCAACAUGGCUCUGACCAGAUCCGCAGCCAUGGCAAGAAGGUGGCGACCGCCUUGGCCAAUGCUGCCAAGAACCUGGACAACCUCAGCCAGGCCCUGUCUGAGCUCAGCAACCUGCACGCUUACAGCCUGCGUGUCGACCCCGUCAACUUCAAGCUGCUGUCGCAAUGCUUCCAGGUGGUGCUGUCUGUGCACCUGGGCAAGGACUACACCCCCGAGGUGCAUGCUGCCUUCGACAAGUUCCUGUCCGCCGUGGCCUCCGUGCUGGCCGAGAAGUACAGAUGAGCUGCCACCCGCACACGGGUGCCAUCAAUAAAGACACUUCUGCUGCA